UUUUGGACUGUGCUGGAACUCUCUUUUUUAAUCUUUCUUCUCUUUGGCUCAGUCGUACCAGAGGUAUGAAGAAUCAAAGAAUAGCGCCUUACCCUAACGUUGCCACACAUAUGUGGCAGAACCGACAGCAGGUUUCAUCGCACCCCGGCCAGAGUCUGGCGGUAAUGCAGCCGGGUGGCUUCAACAACAUGACGACAUCGCAGUACUCAAACAACUAUCCUAGCGGUGCAUAUCCAAACUUUCAGCCGCAGUAUCAGCAGCCUACGCAGCGCACUCCUAAGGCCGCCAUCGCCGAGGCCAUGGCGGCGCUUUUCGGGCCUAACACAACGAUACGGAGGUCGCAUAUGAGGGAGACGACACCAUCUUACAACGCCGCGUCGCAGGUAGCAGCGACGGUCGCCACGAACCAAUAUUACAGCAACGCUGACGUACCCGUCAGCAUGGGGCCAACGAGCACGGGAACGGUCGGCAAUCAAUUCGUAGGUCAUCAAGAGCCGAACGCGGGAUACGGAGGCGGCGGUGACGGUGGUAGCGCUACCGGGACCUGUGGCGCCGCGUCCGCUGGCACCGUGGCAACCAGCCAAUACCAGCAGGACGUGGCGGUGUCGAUGAAGUCGACGAGUGGCGGCAACGUGAGCUAUCAGCACAGACCCAUACCCGGCAACCUGACGCCGCCGCUGACGCCCGCUAUCAGCAGUCCAAAUCCUAAUCGCAACCCGAGCUUCAACGACAUGAAGUCGCCGGUUAACAUACAGAGUGACGAAAUAAGAAUGACAUUCCAUAUGAAAAACGUCAUUUCUUUUCACCUUAUUUACCUAAACCACAAUCAGAUCAUUUACAAAAAAACGUUCAAACUUAAGCCUACGGUGCACCAGACACUGAUGAGGCAAUCCGAUAUAGAGCUGCAGCUCAAGUGUUUCCACUACCAGGACAAGCAGAAGAGUACGAAUUGGCCAGCGAAUAUACUGAUCUGGGUUAACGAGAAACCUUUCAUCAUCGAUCGCGGAGAGAACAAAACUAGCCACAAGCCUCUUUACUUGAAGGAAGUCUGUCGAAUAGGAAGGAACACAAUACAGAUUACUGCGCUCACAUGCUGUUGUUCGCAUCGACUCGCCCUCCAAAUGGUUCGUCGGCCCACUGUGCGAAGUAUACUUGAGAAAUUACUACUUGAGAGGCUCCUGGCGACAGAACAUUGCAUAAAUAAAAUCAAAUACAAUUUCAAUAGUAUAAUCAAACAAAAUUUCAAUAGUAUAAUUUCGACCAAUGUCAUACAGUCGGAGAGUAAUGGAGUGGGGCAAACAGUACUAAAAGUAUCUUUAAAAUGUCCUAUCACAUUUAAACGCAUCAUACAACCAGCUAGGGGGAAAUAUUGCAUGCAUGUGCAAUGCUUCGAUCUGGAGUCGUAUUUGCAGUUAAAUUGCGAACGAGACUCUUGGAAGUGUCCGGUGUGCUCGAAACCCGCACAAUUGGAAGGCUUGGAAGUUGAUCAGUAUAUAUGGGGGAUUUUAAAUACAUUGAAUUCCGCGGAGGUCGACGAAGUAACGAUAGACUCGCAAGCUGCUUGGAAAGCCGCGAAGAGCAGCUUAGCCGGUAUCAAGUCCGAGGAGGAGAAUGAGUACAAGAGAACGACGGCCAAGACGAUGUCGCCGGGCAGCAUGAAUAUGCCGACCAUGAACAACUGGGAGAUGAAUCAAGCCAUGAGUCCUUACAUACCACCCGACAUGAGCAGCAUCGUGAGCGGAUCAAUGAUGAGCAACAUGAACCAUCGAAACACUUCGGGCGGAACGUACGAGAUCAACUCGGCGACGAACACCUCCGGUAGUAACGAUUACGUCGGCGGCACGGAUCCUCUCUCGCACUUGAACGAGUCCGUUAAUACGUUGGAUACUCUCAAUGUUAUAGAGAAGUUAAUCAACGAACAGAUGUCUCAUACUCCACAUACGCCGCACACCUCGCAAUCGACAUCUCACACUCCGUUUGGUGGCAACAGCGGCCCGCCGAGUGUUCCAAGCAACAACACCACCGCGUAUAUACCGCCGAAUCUAAAUAUCGACUUCCUCGUUGACACCUUCACAGACGGGGAAGGCACUGGUCGGGAGCAGUUAAAUUUCUUGCCAGACAAUGAGGACACGAUAGAUUACAUGUCAGAUUUCGAUCUACUGGACUCAAACACUCUGCCCAGCAGUGAUAAUUUUUCCUCUAGCGAAGACAUAUUAGCGUUUAUCGAAUAAAAAGAAAGGAACGUGCGAAUUGGUAUUUUAUAAGGGUAUAAUCAAAUCGCAACUCGCACUUUUUAUAAAGUGACAAGAGAGUGAAAGAGAAUGAGAGUGAGAAAGGAAGGAGAGUUAAGGGGGGAAAUC